AGUAUUUGAAAGUCUCUAUUCUAAUGAGUCGUAUAGGCCAGUCCUAUAGGCCAGUGGCCUUGGGACUUCCAAAUGCCCUGUCCUCAGCCCUGCAGCAUUUAAGUGCCCUAGAGCCUAGCCCCCAUCGUCAAGGACGUCCAAAGUUUCCUUCCAAGGAUGCCCUGCCAACUGACUUUCUCUUUAGAAAAAAGAUCAGGAAACUGAGUCAGGAUGCCUGGUUCCUUGAUGUGUGCUCUCAAAGUCUCUCCCCUUCUCUGAUCUCAGGCAGUGCUGCCCACUCCCCUCCACCCUAAACUGAUGGAAGGCUGGCCCGGGGGGAAUCUCUGGGGUCCCUUGCAGAUUCUAGGACUCAGAGGGUUAAUUCUCAGAAGGCACUGAUUUCCUGUCUCAACCCCAGCAUUAUAUGUACACACAGAUCGAUAGAUUUGGAUUAAUCACAUUUUUUGGCUUUAAUACCUGUUAUCUUUCAUCCAUGUCAUUUCAUUAGUUUAUUGAGUAAUAUAAUGAACACCAGUAAAUGUCCCUCCCAAACCAAGAACUAGAAUACCACCAGCCACACAUCACAUGGGCUCCUCUCCCCUCUCCUCUCCCCAUCUGCCCUCAGAAAUAGCCACUAUUUGAAUUUCGUGUUUAGCAUUUCCUUGCUUUUUUUUCCCUUGCUUUAUCACAUGUUUAUGAUCACUUUGCCUGCUUUUGAACUUUAUUUUUAAAAAGGAUCUCAGGCUAUGUGGUCUUCUGCAACUUGCUUUCCUUGACUUAGCAUUACAUUUAUAAGAUUGAUCUAUGUUGUUGCAUGUAGCUGUGGUUCAUUCAUUUUUGUUGCAAUAUAAUGUCCAGUUGUCUGAAUGGACCACAGCAUAUUUAUCCAUUCUUCUGCCAUUGGAUAUUUGGAUUGUCACCAGAUUUUUGCUAAUUUGAACAUUGGUUUGAAUAUUCUUACACAUACCCCCGUUGCACAUCUGCAAGAGUGUCUCUUGGGUAUAUAUCUGGGAGAGGAACUGCUGGGUGAUACAGCAUGCAAAUGUUCAAUUUUAUAAGAUACUGCCAAUUUUCUCCCCCUAAAGUGUCUAUUCCAGUUUAUGCUCCCACCACCAGUCUAUGAGAGUUCCUGUUACCCAUCCUCAACACUAGUAUCAAGUGCACUGGUCAUUACUCUGUUAGAGACCCUACAAUGGCUACGGAAGUGACGACCCAACUGGGGGAACAUCCACUGAUGAGUCCAAGGCCUGAGCUGAAACCUGAGAAGAAGUCAGGACACAGGCCAAGAAGCCACAGGGACGGCGGGCCACAGAGACAACUGAUGAUCCCAGGGAUCGUGGAUCUUGAGCUGAUCCGAGAGGCACUGAGGACCCCCAAGCCCCAAACCCCAGGUGCCUACCGCUUCGGCCGUCUCAGCCACCAUUCCUUCUUCUCCCGGCACCAUCCGCACCCCCAGCACGUGACCCACAUCCAAGAUCUCACUGGGAAGCCUGUGUGUGUCGUCAGGGACGGAUUCUCUCUGGCUGCCUCUCCUCAAGCCACACUCUUAUCUCGCUAUCUGAUCAGGAUGCCCACCAUCUCUGUCCCCAUUGGAGACCCACAGUCCAAUCGAGACCCUCGGCUUCCUUCUGAGGCCUGGAGGAAGGAGUUGAAAGACCUGGCUUCCCGGGUGGCCGUCUUCACCAAGGAGAAUGAGCUGAAGAACAAGAAGAAGGAGGAGCCUCAGCGGGAGCAGGGAGCAAAGUACUCAGCAGAGACUGGUAGGCUCAUCCCUGCUUCCACCCGGGCGAUGGCCCGCCGCCAUUCCUGCCAGGGCCUACGAAACCACCCUUCGAGCAGAGAUGGAGGAGUCCAGACCUUCAUCCUGCAGGAUCAGGAGUUGCUGAUCCUAGAGCUCCUUUCUCAAAUCCUGCAAACAGACUCCUUGAAUGCUAUCCAGUUCUGGCUACUCUACGCUCCCCCCAAGGAGAAAGACAUGGCACUAGGGCUCCUGCAGACAGCAGUGGCACAGCUCCUUCCCCAGCCCCUACUCUCCAUCUCAGCAGAAAAACUCCUGAACCAGCUCCAGGAAGUUCAAGAACUAUCACAAGAGAGGCAACAGCUACCCUACAGCCAAUCCCCGAAGAAGACGAAGACACCACCUCUAUCAAACAGCGAAAAACCAGAGAACAUCGGGAAAGUACAAGUUCUCCGCAUGCACUCAAGCCAGAACCCAGAGAAGGCAUCAAAGCCAAAGGCAGAGGGCUAAGGAGUUCGCGUCCCUCUUCCCGUCUUGCUCAAGAGAAGCCCCUGAGUUCGAAGAUUCAACCCCGACCUCCUCAACAGCAAUACCUGUUUUCCUAUCACAUGAAGCCUAUUAAAACACUGUCUUCCCCUUAAGAGGACAGUUCUGCUCUCCUAUCAGAACUGGGUAGUUUGCUCCAGGAGAGGGGGUGAGCUGUACCAAAUCACCCUGACUCCCUUGGAAAAGGCCCCCCACAUGGGGCUUCCCAGGUUGUUAGGUUCCAAAAGGGUAGGUAUAGAUGGGGCUCUGCUCAUCCUUGAGCCAAGACUCACAGGGCUCUGGGUAGAUUAGAGCAGAGGUCAGGAACUCACAGGCCACUUUAGAAAACUACCCAAUGACUGAGUUCCUACCAGGCACUGAGGCAGGACUUGGGUAAUAGCCAAUGAUGAACAUUACAUGACUUGUACCUACUUUAUAUGUGGUACUAUAUUUGAUGCCCUUAAAAGCAGUAUGAAACAAUCACUUCCAUUUUAUAGAUGAAUAAACUGAGUGAGGCUCAGAAA